GGGGAGUGCGGCGCAGCGGCCCGCGCCACCUCCGCCCCCCGCGGCUCGCCUCCAGCCCGCCCCUCCCUGUCCCCCGUCCCAGCGCCCGCCGCUCCGUGCAGCCUGAGAGGAAACAAAGUGCUGCGAGCAGGAGACUGCGGCGGCGCGGACCCUGCUUGGCCUCCAGUCACCCUCGCCUUGCAUCUUCCCGCGUGCGUGUGAGUGUGUGUACGUGUUUUCUUACAAAGGACAUUUCGCGAUCGGUCGAUUGAUUCAUAGUUCCCCCCCGGCCUUUGCCCUUUGUGCUGUAACCGAGCUGCAGCCACCCCAGGUGCUCUGUUCCUCCAAACGCCGGCAUCUGGACGCGAGCGCAGGUCGCCGGUUUGUGCCUUCGGUUCCCGCUUCGCCCCCUGCCGUCCCCUCCUUGUCACGCUCCCUCCCGCGGCCUCGCCGUCCCGCUCUCUCCGCCGCCCGCCAUGGCGACCGCGACCCCCGUGCCGCCGCGGACCGGCAGCCGCACUGGCGGCCCCACCACGCCGCUGAGCCCCACGCGACUGUCGCGGCUCCAGGAGAAGGAGGAGCUGCGCGAGCUCAAUGACCGGCUGGCCGUGUACAUCGACAAGGUGCGCAGCCUGGAGACAGAGAACAGCGCGCUGCAGCUGCAGGUGACGGAGCGCGAGGAGGUGCGCGGCCGCGAGCUCACCGGCCUCAAGGCGCUCUACGAGACCGAGCUGGCCGACGCGCGACGCGCGCUCGACGACACGGCCCGCGAGCGCGCCAAGCUGCAGAUCGAGCUGGGCAAGUGCAAGGCCGAGCACGACCAGCUGCUCCUCAACUAUGCUAAGAAAGAAUCUGAUCUUAAUGGAGCCCAGAUUAAGCUUCGAGAAUAUGAAGCAGCACUGAAUUCUAAAGAUGCAGCUCUUGCUACUGCACUUGGUGACAAAAAGAGUUUAGAGGGAGAUUUGGAGGAUCUGAAGGAUCAGAUUGCCCAGUUGGAAGCCUCCUUAGCUGCUGCCAAAAAACAGUUAGCAGAUGAAACUUUACUUAAAGUGGAUUUGGAGAAUCGUUGUCAGAGCCUUACUGAGGACUUGGAGUUUCGCAAAAACAUGUAUGAAGAGGAGAUUAAUGAGACCAGAAGGAAACAUGAAACGCGCUUGGUAGAGGUGGAUUCUGGGCGUCAGAUUGAGUACGAGUACAAGCUGGCUCAAGCCCUUCAUGAGAUGAGAGAGCAACAUGAUGCCCAAGUGAGGCUGUAUAAGGAAGAGCUGGAGCAGACUUACCAUGCCAAACUUGAGAAUGCCAGGCUGUCAUCAGAGAUGAAUACUUCUACUGUUAACAGUGCCAGGGAAGAACUGAUGGAAAGCCGCAUGAGAAUUGAGAGCCUUUCAUCUCAGCUUUCUAAUCUACAGAAAGAGUCUAGAGCAUGUUUGGAAAGGAUUCAAGAAUUAGAGGACUUGCUUGCUAAAGAAAAAGACAACUCUCGUCGCAUGCUGACAGACAAAGAGAGAGAGAUGGCAGAAAUAAGAGAUCAGAUGCAGCAACAGCUGAAUGACUAUGAACAGCUUCUUGAUGUAAAGUUAGCGCUGGACAUGGAAAUCAGUGCUUACAGGAAACUCUUAGAGGGCGAAGAAGAGAGAUUGAAGCUCUCUCCAAGCCCUUCUUCCCGUGUGACAGUAUCCCGAGCAUCCUCAAGUCGCAGUGUACGUACGACUAGAGGAAAGCGGAAGAGGGUUGAUGUGGAAGAAUCAGAGGCAAGUAGCAGUGUUAGCAUCUCUCAUUCCGCCUCAGCCACUGGGAAUGUUUGCAUUGAAGAAAUUGAUGUUGAUGGGAAAUUUAUCCGCUUGAAGAACACUUCCGAACAGGACCAACCAAUGGGAGGCUGGGAGAUGAUUAGAAAAAUUGGAGACACAUCAGUCAGUUACAAAUAUACCUCAAGAUACGUGCUGAAGGCAGGCCAAACUGUUACAAUUUGGGCUGCAAACGCUGGUGUCACAGCCAGCCCCCCCACUGACCUCAUCUGGAAGAACCAGAACUCCUGGGGCACUGGUGAAGAUGUGAAGGUUAUAUUGAAAAAUUCUCAGGGAGAGGAGGUUGCUCAAAGAAGUACAGUCUUUAAAACAACCAUACCUGAAGAAGAGGAGGAGGAGGAAGAGGCAGCUGGAGUGGUUGUUGAGGAAGAACUUUUCCACCAGCAGGGAACCCCAAGAGCAUCCAAUAGAAGCUGUGCAAUUAUGUAAAAUUUUCAUCAACUGUCUUCCUCAAAAUUAAGAAGUAUGGUAAUCCUUAACCUUUAUACAGUGCAGAGCCUUCUCAGAAGCACAGAAUAUUUUUAUAUUUCCUUUAUGUGAAUUUUAAAGCUGCAAAUCUGAUGGCCUUAAUUUCCUUUUUGACUCUGAAAGUUUUGUAAGAGAAAUCAUGUCCAUACACAGUUUGUUGCAAGAUGUGAAUUAUUGACACUGAAUUUAACUGUACUGUUUGGAAGGGGUCCCUCAAAUUUUUUGACUUUUUUUUGUAUGCGUGUUUUUUUUCUUUUUUUAAAGUUCUUAAGAGGAGGGGAGGGUAAAUAAACCACUGUGUGUCUCGGUAUAAUUUGAAGAUUGCUGCAUCUAGACAAGCAAUCUGCUCUUCAUUAUUCUCUGCUAUAUACAAUGGUGCUGUGAGGGAGGGGGAAAACAUUUUUCAAUAUAUUGAACUUUUGUACUGAAUUUUUUUGUAAUAAGCAAUCAAGCUUACAAUUUUUUUUAAAUAGAAAAGAAAUUUUGUAAGAAGGCAAUAUUAACCUAAUCACCAUGUAAGCACUCUGGACGAUGGAUUCCGCAAAACUUGGUUUUAUGGUUACUUCUUCUCUUAGGUUCUUAAUUCAUGAUGGGGCGGGGAGAGGGAGGCGGAGGGAGGGAAGGGCUUCUCUAUUAAAAUGCAUUCAUUGUGUUUUUUAAGAUAGUGUAACUUGCGUAAAUUUCUUAUGUGACAUUAACAAAUAAAAAACCUCUUUUAAUAUUGA